UUAGAUUCGAUUUUCAGAUUGGCUGAUUGUGGAUAUCACAGCCUUAUAUUCAUAAUAUCAACAUCGAUAAGCUUUUUUAAUAUAAUUUAUCGCGCCAGGGCGAUACAAGAGAAACCAUAUGUCUUUACCCUAUUCCUCAGAUGGAGACUCAACAAUGGCGUCCUCUCUCACCCGCCUUGCAUUCUACACCAGCAAUUUACAAUCCUUCCUCUCCUCCUCCUCAACCUUCCGUAUCCUCCGCUCCCUCUCUCCACCCAUAUCAAUUCCUUCCACUUCUCCAACACCUAAAAACCUCACUUCAAUAACCUUCAACACGUACGAUCCCUAUAGAGGGCCAUUAUACUCUACUUCUAACAAUACAAACAAAGACGAACCUUUAAAUGACUCAAACCAAAACCACUCCGAAUCCAGUUCGCCUCAAACCCUUUAUAUCCUUGACUCCUCCUUCAAUCCACCUACCCUUGCACACGCACACAUUUGUCUCUCCGCUCUACAUGAUCACUACACAUCCGACUUAAGACACACAAAAGCUCGAUUAUUAUUAUUACUCAGUACACAAAAUGCAGAUAAAAAGAUCAGCGGGGCAAGUUUGGAAGAGCGAUUAGUUGGGAUGGAAUGUUUUGCUACUGAUCUUUUGAGUACUUGGUUAUAUCCUCGUUCGAGUUAUCAAACGAAGAGGCAAGUUAAGAGCGAGAUUGAUGGUAAAUCUACAAAUGUGUCUGAAGAGAGAAAUGAAUCUGGAGAUGAAGAAUCCGCCAAAGAUAUAGAAUCAGAUUCCACUUCUGACUCUGAUUCCGAAGCACAAUCCACAACAUCCUCAUUUCCUUCAUCUCAAACCCAGAUCCCUUUCAACUCACCACAAUUCGACAUAGAUAUAGCUCUAACCUCCCUGCCCUACUUCCACUCUAAAUCCGCCGCCAUCGAAGCAUCCUCUAUCUAUCCCAAGGGAACAACCCACAUCCACUGUACCGGCUAUGAUACUCUAAUUCGAGUUCUAAACCCCAAAUAUUACCCACCAACUCACGAUCUCAGCCCUUUAAUACCCUUUCUCUCAAACCACAAAUUACGGGUCACAUAUCGUUCAGAAAAUUCCCUUACCCUCUCGGAUCAAGACACCUAUCUCUCAUCACUCCCUACUCAACUCCCUACUUUAGGAGGAAAAAGUGAAUGGAUAAGUGAAAAGAGAAUAUACAUGUCGUCUGGUCUUGAAGGAGAAGAAAUUAGUUCCACGAGAGUUAGAGCUACAAUUAAAAGUCUCAGUUCAGCGAUUCCUCAACAAAAGGCUGUGGGAAGUAAAAAAUCUAAAGGGAAAGGAAAAACACCUGAAAAGAAAGUUAAAGAGAAAUUGAAAGGAUUUGUGGGUGUAAAUGUGAAUAAGUGGAUUUUAGGAGAGAAAUUAUUUUGGUGGGAGGGGAAGAAGGAAUGAGGAGGGGAAGUGGUGAUGAGGGAGGGUGAUGUAGAAUGAAUGGUUGAAGGGAUAAAAUAUAUACCUAUACUUAUAGAUGGAAGGUUGAAGUGAAUAUGUGAUGGACGAUACCGCGAUAGAAUCGGGGUGGAACAUGGAGAAACGAAUGUGAUGAGAACUUAUAUAUUCCCCUAGUACGGAGUAGAUGACAACAUAUUGUA